GGCAAAGGGAUCGUAUACCACAGAGACUUCGAGGGUUGCAUACAACCACAAAGCUCGAAGUUGGGGAGGGGAGAAGCGAUUAAAGGGUAAACAAAAAGAGUUUCUGUAGGAGAAACAGUUCGCGGCUAGACGCCGUUGAGGCCCCAAUGCCGCCCAAGGACGCGAAAGCAGCCAAGGGAAAAGAUGCCAAGGCUGCUAAGGGAGCCAAGGGAGGAGCAGCUCCUCCACCCUCCGACAAACCCAAAGGACCGAAGCUGCCCAUACCACUCGACGGUCCGCCACUCGAGCCCGUGAAGGUCAUUCCUCCACCUUAUGACCCUAGAGUUCAUGCCCCACCGGUUUACUUCGGUUCAUUCUGGGACUAUCCAGGGAGGAGACCUCAAGUUCGUCCGUCUGAACCUCCUAUGUGUCGACCGGGAGGAGGCAUACAAGCAGGUGGAGGCGCGGCUCCAGCCAAAGGAGACAAGGGGAAAGCGGCGAAGGGCAAAGAUGCGAAAGGGGCAGCGGCCAAAAAGAAGAAGUGAACAAGCAAUUCCUACACAACAUUCGCGAUGGCAGAAAAACAACAGGAACAAAACAAAAGAGUCCGAAAAACACAUAAUCCGUUGUUACUACAAAAUCGUAAAUAUUUCGAAAAC